AUGGAGUCCAAUGGGACACUGACAACUGCAGAUCCUUACGGCAUUUACUCAGACUAUGAUGAGCCUGUGCUGCUUGAAGAGAAUGUGCUGGGGAUCUUCUUCUCGAUUUUCCCCACUGUCUGCUACAGCCUGAUCUUCUUUGUUAGCUUGGCAGGGAACAGUUUCCUCCUCUGGGCUCUGCUGAAGCAGGAGGACCUGAGGCAGACGUCCAGCCUGCUGCUGCUGCACCUCACCAUGUCUGACCUGAUCUUCACUGUGACACUUCCCUUCUGGGCAGUGUAUGUCAGCGACGGCUGGGUGAUGGGUGAGGUGGCAUGCAAGCUCCUGAAUGGCAUGCUGUUCUUGGGCUUCUACAGCUACAUGAUGUUCCUCAUGGCCAUGACUCUGCACCGCUACAGAGCAGUUGUGCACGCCGUCACGGCAUCCACCUUCAAGCCCAACGUUCACCUUCUCAGUGCCGGGCUGUGGGUGUUCUGUUUGACCUUCAGCAUACCCGAGAUGGUGUUCUCAGAGACGGAGGAAUUCAAUGAUGCUGUGUAUUGCAUCCAGUCCUACGGGUCACACAUGCCAGAGUAUCUGGUGUAUUACGUGCAGAUAAGCAUUUUCUUCUUGUUGCCGUUCUCAGUCAUCACAUUCUGCUACACGAGGAUGUGGUUCCGCAUCCGGCAGUGCAGGAUGGGGAAGAAGAACCAGGCAGUGAGGCUGAUCUUCCUGAUUGUGGUGGGCUUUUUCAUCUGCUGGGCGCCAUACAACAUUUUCCUUUUCAUACACGCGCUGGGCCUCCAGGGCCUGAUUCCUGCUGAGAAAUUAGAGCAGUCGGUCGCCUUCAAGUUCACCUACACCAUCUCCCACACCUUGGCUUACUUCCACUGUUGCUUCAGCCCCAUCAUCCACAUCUUAGGCGCGGGGAAGUUCAGAGGACACCUGAACCUGUCCAGAGGGUUCAGACGCUUCUCGGUUAGCCAGAGGACCCAGACCUUCAGCACUCACACUUCUGAGGCUCUCUCUGCACUCUCAAUGUCUGGCCAAACCAACAUCUAA